UCCAAUAAUUCAUUGCCAUGUAGGAAAAUAAUUCUGAAGUUUUUUGAAUUAGAAAUGGGUAUAUAAUUUUAAAACUAUUUAAAUUACCAAUUAAACAAUUUAUGGUAGUACUCUUAACUCUCCUUCCAGGAUUACAUGGGACACCGGGAGGAGGGAAAUGGUCGGAAGUCAAUUCCUCAAUUUGGAGGAUGGGAACAAAACGCCGCAGUAGAGCCUACCAGCUAUACUGUGGUGUUUAGUCAAGCUCGUGCUAACCGGAAGCAAAAUAAGACUGACUUGACCGAGUUCAAGCGCAACAGCCUUGGAAAUGAACAGGAAUUAAUGGCUGCUCAAGGCCAUCAUGAUCAUCGUCAUCAUUCUGAUGAUUCUGUUACGACGAAAAAGACAUCAUCUCCAUUUAAUUUUCUUUUGUCUCUCUUUUCAUGCAGAGGAAAAAGACAAUUCUGACCUACAUAAAUUGUUGUAUCAGGCCUUGAUUUCUUGAGAGGCUAAUAAAUCAUAAAUUUAGCCAUUUGUAACCUAUUAUUAACAUGUAAUCUCAUCAUAGAUGAGACCUGAUCAUCAAUGAAAAUCUAAUCAAGAACUUUUGUAAA